GGUCCUUGACUCCGCAGUGACGCUCCCUCUGCAGGCGGAAGGACAAGAAGGUCCCAGCGGCCCCUCAGGUUCUGGCGCAGGCCUGGGUGGCCCAGCAUGGCCCGCUGAGGUGAACCAUGACUGGCUGGCCAACACUCGCCGCUGACCAUCCAGAGUCACUCCUCACCAGGAGGUGACCCCUCCCUCAGCUGUCCUCCCACUCGCCCACCCCAUCCAGGAAAGUGCCCACGCCGCCACAGACACCAUGUAGUAGGGCCGGCCACGGCACCCAGUGAGCUGCAAUGGUUUUGUACACGACCCCCUUUCCUAAUAGCUGUCUGUCCGCCCUGCACGCCGUGUCCUGGGCCCUCAUCUUCCCAUGCUACUGGCUGGUGGACCGGCUCGUGGCCCCUUUCAUACCCACCACCUACGAGACGCGCCAGCGGGCAGACGACUGCUGCUGCCUCCAGCUGCUUUGCUCCUAUCUCUUCACGCCUGUCUACCUGGCCCUCUUGGUCGCCUCGCUGCCCUUCGCGUUUCUUGGGUUCCUCUUCUGGUCCCCCCUGCAAUCUGCCCGCCGGCCCUAUAUCUAUUCCCGACUGGAGGACAAGGGCCCAGCUGGUGGGGCAGCCCUGCUCAGCGAAUGGAAGGGGACAGGUCCUGGCAAAAGCUUCUGCUUCGCCACUGCCAACCUCUGCCUCCUCCCUGAAUCGCUGGCCAGGCUCAACAACGUUUUUAACACCCAAGCACGGGCCAAAGAGAUCGGGCAGAGAAUCCGCAACGGGGCCAACCGGCCCCAGAUCAAAAUCUACAUUGAUUCCCCCACCAACACGUCCAUCAGUGCAGCCAGCUUCAGCAGCCUGGUGUCACCACAGGGCAGUGAUGGCGUGGCCCGGGCCGUCCCUGGAAGCAUUAAGAGGACGGCCUCUGUGGAAUACAAGGGCGACAGCGGGCGUCACCACAGUGAAGAGGCUGCCAACGGCCUGGCCUCCGGGGACCCGGCCGACAGCGGCAGCCUUGAGGAUGCCUGCAUCGUGCGCAUCGGUGGUGAUGAGGGGAGCCGGCCCCCCGAAGCUGAUGACCUUGCCACUGGGGGCCAGGCCAGGAACGAGGCUGGCAGGGGCUCACGAGGCCAGACACCCAACCACAGUCAGCGGGAUGGGGACUCGGGAAGCCUGGGCAGCCACUCGGCCUCCAGGGAGUCCCUGGUGAAGGCGCGAGCCGGGGCGGACAGCAGCAGCGGGGAGCCGGGCGCCACCAACAGCAAGCUCCCGUACAAGGCCUCGGUGGUGAAGAAGGCGGCCGCGCGCAAGAGGCGGCACCCGGAUGAGGCCUUUGACCACGAGAUCUCGGCCUUCUUCCCGGCCAACCUGGACUUCCUGUGCCUGCAGGAGGUGUUUGACAAGCGGGCGGCCGCCAAGUUGAAAGACCAGCUGCACGGCUACUUCGAGUACAUCCUGUACGAUGUCGGGGUCUAUGGCUGCCAAGGCUGCUGCACCUUCAAGUUUCUCAACAGCGGCCUCUUCUUUGCCAGCCGCUACCCCAUCAUGGAUGUGGCCUAUCACUGUUACCCCAACGGGCGGUGCUCCGACGGCCUGGCCUCCAAGGGAGCGCUGUUUCUCAAGGUGCAGGUGGGAAGCACACCUCAGGACCAAAGAAUUGUUGGGUACAUCUCUUGCACACACCUGCACGCCCUGCCAGAGGACAGUGCCAUCCGGUGUGAACAGCUGGACCUGCUUCAGGACUGGCUGGCUGAUUUCCGAAAAUCUACCUCCUCGUCCAGCGCAGCCAACCCCGAGGAGCUGGUGGUGUUUGACGUCAUCUGUGGAGAUUUUAACUUUGACAACUGCUCCUCUGACGACAAGCUGGAGCAGCAGCACUCCCUGUUUACACGCUACAAGGACCCCUGCCGCCUGGGGCCCGGGGAGGAGAAGCCAUGGGCCAUCGGUACCUUGCUGGAGACGGCUGGCCUCUACGAUGAGGACGUGUGCACCCCUGAAAAUCUGCAGAAGGUCUUGGAGAGUGAGGAAGGCCGCCGGGAGUACCUUGCCUUCCCCACCAGCAAGAGCCCUGGGGCAGGCCAGAAGGGACGCAAGGACCUGCUGAAAGGCAACGGCAGGCGCAUCGACUACAUGCUGUACACGGAGGAGGGGCUGUGCCGGGACUGGAAGGCCGAGGUGGAAGAAUUCACUUUUGUCACCCAGCUGUCAGGCCUGACAGACCACCUCCCGGUAGCCAUGCGGCUGAUGGUGUCUGCAGUGGAAGAGGAGGCAUAGACCAGCCAAGUCAUGAGAAGCAGCUGGGCCUCUGCCAGCCCUUUGAGCCAAAGCCCCUCCCUGGCCAUGUCCCCUCCAGCAAGCA